GUGUGAUCCUUAGGGACUCUCAUGGUGUUGCUCAGGUGCGCUUUGUCACUGGAAACAAGAUCCUGAGGAUCCUCAAGUCCAAGGGCCUGGCCCCUGACCUGCCCGAGGAUCUGUACCACCUCAUCAAGAAGGCUGUUGCUAUAAGGAAGCAUCUGGAGAGGAACCGAAAGGACAAGGAUGCCAAGUUCCGUCUGAUUCUCACUGAAAGCAGAAUCCACAGAUUGGCUCGUUACUACAAGACCAAGAGAGUUCUUGCUCCCAACUGGAAGUACGAAUCCUCUACUGCUUCUGCUCUGGUGGCGUAAGGAGUCUUUCACAAAUAAAUAUCAAUUUGGAAAGA